AUGAGAACAAAACAUCUAGUUUUAUUAGGUGUUAUCAUAAUGCAGGUUUGCUUUGUGCAAGCAGUGCACUAUGAUUUGACAACACUUUUGGAUUAACAAAAUGAACUUGACUGUGACAAUACUGAUUUUGUUUAAAUGCUUGAAGACUUUGAUUCUUGGAGUGAAAUAAUAGAAUUGUUACAAGGAGGGUAAUUGGAUGCAGAAAUGAAGCAACUACAAGAGCUUUCUGAUUUCACUAAUGAAAUGAUAUCAGCAAAUCCAGAUGAUUUGAUGGAAGAUCAAUAAUACGAUGAGUAGUUAGAGUAGAUGGAUGGGUAAUUGUAGACAAUUCAAAACUAAUACAAUGGUCCUCAAAGAAAAUUCUUAUUCGAAUAAAGCAGACAAAUUUCAGACUAAAUCAGAAGGGUGAUUCAAUCAAGAUCCUUCGAAUAAAAGAGAUCAUAAUUGGCUAUGUUAUAUGGAUUGAUUGAAUAUUUAUUGAAACAAAUUUCUAGAGUAUAAAACCAAUAUUAAUAAACAACAUAACCUUAACCAAGAGCUCAACCCUAAUAAGCUCAACCUUAACCACAAUAGAGAAUAAAGGAAUAAAAAGAAAGAUUUAUAGUCUAAAAAGAUAAAUGCAGUGAUAGAUAGAUAUAAAGAAAAGUGUCUAAAUAGAGAGUAGUCCCUGGAAAUUAUAGAUAAAAUGAUCAUCCAGUGCCAGAAGAAGUAGGCUGUGACAUCCCAUAUCCAUAAUAAAGAUAACCUAAAUGUGUUGUCGGUUCAGAUAUCGUUUUAACAAGUUCAAUCUCUGCUGAUUAACCAACCGUUUCAACAGAAGUUAAAAAAUUAAAAGACGUUAACGAAUAUGGUUUUGGUUUUUGGAUGAGAUUCUUAACAUUAUAUCCAGAAUAAUUGUAAAAUGGCUUAACUGAUUAAUCUUACUUUGUCGCUAAAUUGACAAAGAACUAAUAGGAUGGAGAUGAUAAGAUUGGCGAUAGAUUAUUAACCGUAUUCUAAACUUAAGAAUAAUAUAUCUUCAGUGCUUAACACGAUAAACCUGAAAGAAAAGAAGCCACAGCUGCUAUAGUAUUUGGAGAUAUCGAAGCAGUUUGGACAUACGUUUAUUACAGUUACUCAGCCUUUUCAUAAUAAGCUAUCGGUUUCUACAAACAAUCAAACAGUCAAUUAGUUAAAUAAGUCACAUUGCCAGCAUCUUAAGGAACUCCUUAGUAUUUGAGAUUUGUUUUGGGAGGUCAAUAUUUCAAUUUCCCAGGAUUCAAUGGAUAAAUAAGCAGACCAGUCUUAGCAAUUGGUUUUGGAACAUAUUUGAUUAAUGAAUAAGAAUUCUUGUAAUAUGCUAUAUCAUGCAAUCCUCAACCAUAUGUUGCACCAUAAAAAUUGAUUCCAUAUUAAUUUGUAAGAGAUUCCAAAUAUGUCGACAUUGAAGAUAACAAUGCACCACCCACAUAAGAAUUUAUUGAUUUGUUGUUACCAGAUGAAUAUGCAGUUUAAGGUUGGUUCAAAUGGGAGGAAACAGAUUUGUAAGAGAACUGGCACACCAUGUUCAGAUUAUCUAAUACACCCAUUAGAAAAUAAUAAAUCUUAUUAGGUGAAAGAGUCUUGUCUGCUUGGUUAGGUAAACCAAAGGGAGGUUAAAUCCAUUUCUCAACAUAUUCAUAUGCUAACAUGAAAGGAUCUGGUAACCCUAAUGCUCAUCAAUAUGUCCAACAUUAAGAUCAACAUUUACACUGGCAUUUUGUUUACUUUGGAUACAGCAGAGAUUAAAGAAAGGCAUAUGCUUAAGUCUUAUUCAAACAUGUUCAUGCCAAAUCUUUGAGUUUCGUCAAUGUCAAUCACUUUGUGUCACCAAAGCAUUAUUUCUACUUUGGAAGAGAAAGACAAUUCCCAGUCUACAGUGGAUUCAUGGCCUACCUUGAAGUAUUCUUCUGCAAAGGAUCUUACUUAACAAAUGUUAAGCCAGCUUUGAGACCAGUACCAACACCACCACCCCCUAAAAAGAGAUGUGUUGAAGGACCAAACAGAAUCAUCAAUGCUAAAUAUGAUAAAGGACCAGUUGUUCAUGUCGAAUUGCACAAAGAUGAUUUGAAAGAUACUACUUAAUAUGGUUAUGGAUUCUGGUUCAGAUACACUGGUUUGGCAGGUGGAUAAUAUGAAGGUGCAAGACCAGAUUGGUCAUUGAUUGCUAGACUUACAAACAAGAAAGAAACACCAAAAGAUAUUAGAGAUGGUUUAUUAACUAUUUUCUAAGGAAAAGUUGGUUUCUUCUACAUCACAGCUAAUAAUAAGGCUAAGAAAUUAGUUGAAUUAGCUUAACCAUUUGGAGAUAUUGAAGGAGUUUGGAUUUACACCUAUUUCAGUUACACUAGAUAUAAGGCCAUUGCAUUCUAUUAAAUUGAAAAUUAAGCUCCAAUCACCUUAGAAGCUAAAGUUACACAUCCAUGA